AUGACUUGUGAAGCCUGCAGAACCAUUGCGCCGUUUGUGGCGAAGGACUACGAACUCGCAGGCACCUACGAGACGAUUGGCAAUGUGCGAACAUAUGUGACGGGAUCGAAAACCGCGACAGCAGGUAUUGUCGAUAUAUUUGACGUAUUUGGCUUUAGCACACAAACCCUUCAAGGGGCCGAUAUCCUGGCUUCGGAGACCAAUUCGCUGGUGGUGGUGCCGGACUUGUUUGAUGGCCAAACUCUCUCGCACGACUGCAUUCCCCCAGAUACCGACGAGAAGAAGGAAACAUUGUCCAAGUUUUUGGGUGGACCUGCUUCAGUGUCUAGGGUUGUUGGUUUGUUUCCUUCCAUGGUGGAGGGAUAUCAGGAAGGGUUCCCUGCCGUGAAGAAAUGGGCUGCUUUCGGACUAUGCUGGGGUGGAAAGGUAGGUUGA